AUGUACAAUUUGUUACUUGAUUUAUAUAGUCAGAAGCAUCUUGUGUCGUCAGAGAUAUGUCAAACUGUUUUCGACAUGUUUUUGAAUCCUUCAACUAUAACAGAACAAAUUUCUUUGUUUCGUAAUAUUUUUUCAUUCACUACUGGCUCCACAAGUUUUGGCUUCAUGCCCGUGGGUAUUUUUUUUUAUUUUACUCAAAUCGUGAAAUGUCUACACCUUUUAACGACCCAUUGGGCGUUGAGUUUCGAUUAUUAUAUAAGGCUCUGUGAUUUUAUUUGUGAGUUUUCCCACCAAUAUGAAAAGAACUCUUAUGGAGUAUCCUUUCAUGUAACGCACAAAAAAUCGUUACUAGUACUUUUACAAAAUCUUUUACCGUGUUUGUGUACAAUCAUUCAAAAUGACUUUAAACAAUUUAUGGAAAAAAAACAUGACUUGGAGAGUCGUCUGACAUUCGAUUCAAUUACACUUUCCAAAGCGACGCGUCUUACCAAAGGGAUCGUUGCUUUGACUUCUUCGUAUGAAGCAAUUGCUUUCGAGCCUUAUCAUGAAGACCACACCAGCAUAAGACUUCAAAAGGAAAGUUGUGGGGAGGAAGAAGAGAUCAUUUUGAAAAUUCAGACCUACACAGAACAAUUUUGUUAUGAAACGUAUCAAUGGUUCCUUACCAUUCGAAAAACAGUGUCAGAUUUUUCUGUCACUUCUUUAAAACAAGUGACAUAUGCAAACAGUGCUAACUUGUCUUUAUUAUACCUUUUGGAAUCAUUAACACUUCAAUGGAAUUCAUUAAAUUUAUUUUGUAUGAAUUUUUGGAUUCCUAAUUUACAAGAGAAAACAUUGAACAGUCUGUGCCUUUUUCAAUGUGUGAAUACAAAAGGUUAUCAAUAAAAGCGCGUCGUAUUUUUGUAUCUGUCAACCUUAUGAUAGCCGUGUGUGUUUAGAUACACCUGUUGUUAAUGUGAUGGAAGAUUUUCUACGGUUGAUUUUACGGUUAACACGUUUUUUAUUACAAUGCGAUUCGAACAUCACGCGUUCUU